AUGGGCUUGAAUACGGCAGUGAAUGCUAAGGACACUACGUGUGACAAGAAGAUCGAUAAGAGCAACCACUGGCAGCCACAGCUGUCCCACCAGAACUCUGAUGGCAGCUUUGACUUAAUCCACUUCCAAGGAACCGCUGUGUACUACUUGAACCGAGCGUGCGACUAUGAGGAGGGAAGAACUCAGUGCCCGUCCGGCUUCUCCCCUGCAGCUCCUCUGGCUGGUCUGCGCAUGGUCACUGGAAACCCAAUGCGUCGAUAA